AUGGAGAUUUGGGUGUAUAAAUACAGGGCAGAGGCAGAGGAGAAGGCAGUUCAGCUUCAACUGGCUCUUCAAAGUGAGCAGGAACGCUCUCACUCUACAGCUAUGGCACCCACUGUUUUUGGACAAGCAAGCUAUCCUAAGGAACACCUGGCUCCUGCUCAUAAGCUGAGAAAGCCAAUGGUAGAGAAGCUGCGCAGAGACCGCAUCAACACCAGCAUCGAGCAGCUGAAGUCCCUGCUGGGUCCUGAGUUCCUCAGGCAGCAGCCCGACUCUAAGCAAGAGAAGGCAGACAUCUUGGAGAUGGCUGUGUCCUAUCUGAGAGUGUGGCAGCAGCAGAAGCAGAAGGCCAGUCUGACCUCUGGCCUGAUCCCGGGCGGCGACGGAUACUCCCGCUGCGUGCAGGAGGCUGUCAGCUUCCUGUCCCACUGCGAGGUCCAGACUCAGGCCCACCGGCGGCUGCUCAGCCACUUCGAGAGCCUGCAGGCGUCCAGCCACAGUCCCUGCACCCUCUCCCCUCCUGGCUCUCCGCUCCAUCAGGUCAUCUCCAGCAAGGGUGUGAGCCAGACCAGCAGUGCUCUGUGGAGGCCCUGGUAGGAUGGAGGCAGCAUCACCUCCACACUGAGAGAAAGAGAACUACGUCUGUGAACGUCAUGGACAGAAAGUUGAAGACUUACUGAAGUCUGUUUCCUUCUGCUUUGGCAGGAGAUUCAAUAUUGUUAAAAACAAAUAGUGUUUGAGAUGAAGUGGGCACAAUGUGCCAGUAUUCCUUUGGAAGGACUGAAAUAAUUCAGGUUUUUACUGAACAUGUACACCAUGUGUAUACACUGUAUGCACUUUAUAAUUCAAAGUGCUUAUUACUCUGUGAUUGUGUUAAUUCUUUCCGUGGGGGAAAACUACUUUUGUUGGUUUGUUUUGCAAACGUCACUGAAUGAUCUUGUUGUAACACCCACAUCGGGUUGAAACUAAUUUAGUGUCUGAGACACUGUUUGAUUUUUGUGUUUAAACUACUGUCUAUCUCUGAUAAUGAGUAUCACUGACUGAUACAUUUCAUCAGCUUGGUGUUGAUGAAUCAACGACAUCCCAUAAAUGGAUCCCAUGGAUCAACUUUUACCGUAAAUCUUAUUAUGAUUAUACUUGAUUAUGACUAUGUGUAACCAUUAUUUGGCCUAUUAUUUGUACCUGUUAACUGUUCAUAAUAGAUGUUUUUUCAUCUUCAAGUGAAUACCUUUCAUAAAGGCAUGUCAUGUUGACAUCAAUCUUUUUACUAAAAGAAUCUGUUGAAUUGCUUCCUUGAGAAGUUUGACUCUGAACUUGAAAAAUAAAUUGAAAACUUCACAUGAAGUUUUGCAAA